CUCAAUUAGGAUUCUUUCUACUAGACUGUUAAUGUCUAUUUGAUCGUAUACAAUUACAAAUGAAAAAGAAUAAAAUAAAUCGUCAUUGAUUGAACAAAUCGAGAUCUAAAGAGAAUGUUUUAACACAGCGGACGUAAAUUAAGAGAACUUUAUUAGAACGUUAAAGGACUGUGGGACGUUUUUGUCCGGAAUAACAGGUUUUCAAAAUAGGACUUGCAGCAUUAAAUACCGAUCUGUGUUCGGCAAAUAGAAUAGACUGAAGGGUCUUCCUUAACGCUAAGUUGUUCUUGAGUUUAUAUUCGUAUCUACGAUGCAGUGUCUUUGAGUGCAGUUGCAGAAAUGUAGUGUUUUAUCCUUUGGGAAUUGAGUGUUUUAAUGGAAGUAAACUAAUGCUCGUUUGAAUAAUUGGAAAACAGUCCUUCUUAUUUUUAGUUAUAAUAGUUAUAAACGUGUUUCUUAGAGCAUUCGUAAACAUAAGAUAAAUUUUCCUAAUUUUUUUAAUAUAUAAACUUACAAACAUACCCUAGCAGACUAACUUUCAGCGAAAAUGCUUCCAACGUGUUUAAGUAGAAACUUCAGUUGGAUGAUAGUAUGGCUUGCGGUGUCUUUUUGUGCAUGUAAUGUGUUUAAUUACACGGCGAUUGUACCCACAUCGCCGUCAAUUGAUGGAGGAUUUGUGGUCAAUUUGACCACAACGACGGAACCCGAAAAGGCGGCUGUGAAUGACACAAUCGCUUAUUUCCUGGAAACCAUAGAAAAGUAUGCUUACAGAAAGUAUGACUGUAAACCGGGUACGGAAUUUAAUCUUGGUAAAGGAGUUCUACAACAAUAUGGAAUAAAUAAAUUUAAAAGACAGGCAUUGUUAGCAGUGAAUCGAGCUAACCUUAUGACAAGAAUCUGGAAGAAUGGCUCCCAAGCUCUUCUGGAUUCCGAAUAUUUUUUGUACACUCAAGUCAGGAACAUGGUCGAAGGGGACCCCGAUAUUUUUGCUGGAGGAAAUUGUUACGAUCAUAUGGAGUAUAAGGGACGUCAUCUGUUUUGUCCGUAUGCGUACAGAACAGAAAAUGGUUCUAUAAAUGUAAAGGAUCUUUCAGUGGAAUACGAUUACCUUGGUAACGGAUCAGACUGGUUUUUUGAGGCCCGUCAACAAGCAAAGCAGAUCGAGGACUUCAAUUUUACAGUCGGUACUUCACAGUGGCGUUACAACCAAACGUCCCACGGAAUUACUGAAAUAGACUCGUCCUUGACAGUAACAUAUGACGACGGCCACUGGACUCUUCCAUAUUUUGAUUGUGGGGGAAGCUACAUCUGGAUGAUAACGUAUACUGUGCCAUUCUUUGGAUUCGACAACGGAACGUUCCAUUUCAAGGGAACAAGCGGAAUCGACAUUGACCUUCAAAAAGUUGACAUUGACCAGUGUCCAAACGAGCCGAGUGGUGAACUGAACGUAUUUGCCAACUCCGCACGAUGCAAAAACUCGACGACCAGAUGCGUCCCAAUAAGUGGACUUGGUUUCCGCCGGGGAUCCUACAAAUGUGUUUGCAAGGAUGGCUUCUAUUUUCCAGACACUAAAGCACCCAAUAAAUUCUACAAUGGCUCAACAAUAGAGGUCAAAUACCGAGAGAAAAUUGAUGGUAUCAGCGACUACUACGAGCAGAACUUCGAGUGUUUGCCAUGCGCCGAAGGCUGUGACACAUGUGAAGACCCAAGCCCCUGCGUUCUGACCCUAAACUGGAUACAGAGGAGUGUGGUAUUGGCGGUUUCCGGGGUCAUUAUGUGCGGAAUCCCGGCCCUUAUAUGGUUCACUGUCCAAUACAGAGAUGUUAAGGUUCUGAAAGCAGCCUCUCCUGUUUUACUGCGUAUUGUGCUGCUGGGUGCAUUUCUUCUGUAUUGUCCGCUUGUUGUCAGCUAUUUCGAAGUCAGCGUUGUCACUUGUUGUUUAAGAUUCUGGUUUAGGGAAAUUGGAUUCUCAAUAUCAUACGGGGCCUUACUGCUGAAAACUUGGAGAAUAUCAGUGGUAUUCCGAGUGCGGUCUGCACAGCGAAUCAAGAUAUCGGACACAGACCUAAUGAAAAGGUUGUUGAUCAUCGUGUUUAUAUUUGGAACAUAUUGCGCCGCCAGGACAAUGGCCGGAAUGCCCAGGGUUGUUCAGGGAAAGCACGCAAGCGGUCUUAAGGCUUUUCAAUGUUCGUCGGACUGGUGGGAUCAUUCAGCCGCUAUAGCUGAGCUGUUAUUUCUGUUAUGGGGUAUACGUCUCUGCAUCGUAGUACGUAAAGCACCCUCAGAAUUCAACGAGAGCAGGUUCAUCAGCUGGGCCAUCUACAAUGAAACCUUGCUCUCGCUCUUCCUAAAUGUUUCGAUGAUAUUUCUUCAGGAUCCGUUUCCAGCGAACCCAGACCUACUAUAUCUCGUCAUCUUCAUCCACUCCAACCUCACCACCACCGUCACCCUAGCCUUCCUGUUUGGUAGUAAAGUAUAUAUGGUGUUGAAAUACCGCGGUAAAAAUAAUGAGGUGCAGCACACAACGAUGAUGUCGAAGGGGGGCGGUUCGCGACACACGUAUAGCAACAAGCCAACCAUGAAUACAGACACCAUCACGUCAAAUGCAAACUCCACCUUUGACAGAUACGCUGAAAAGUCUAACGCCGACGGCGAGUCCGAAAGUCUGCUAGAAAAGGAUAUACAGGAGGAGUUUCGUCGAUUAUAUAUGCAGCUCGAGACUUUAAAACAUAGAAAUAUGAAAAUUGGCAAUCGCCAUUUGCAACAUAAACUGUCCGCAAUGACUGAAGCAGCUCAGAAAGACGACAGCCCUGAAGAAUCCAAACCAUGUACUCCAAAUAUGAACGGAAAACGUGUUAUCAUAAAUUUGGAUGAUUUUAAAGAAUCGACGCGUUUGUAGAACUGUGUAACAUAUUCUCGACAAUCAUUUAUACAUCACGUGAUAUGCAACUUGGAGGAAGAGCAAUGCCAGAAACUAUUAUAAAACUGAGUUAUUGUGGGCUGAGUCGUCGUGUGAGAGCUGAACUACUGGUCGCGCCUACCUAAUCAGGUAGAAUGAAAAUGGUAAUGCAGGAUAUAGUUUUGGGAGUGCGUGCAGACAUCGUUAGUGAGUGUUGUCGUAUAUGGCAACAUUUAUAUCCUACUUAAGAAAACGUUAUGCUAAAGAACACAACAAACGCUUCAAAUGCGUGUCUGAAGAUUGCUGAGUACUCUGAGGACUUAUGAAGGGAUCGCCUGAAAUUUAUCAAAUGAUAUCUGAUGACAAAAGAAAAAAAAUCAGACAUAAGGCAAAACAUACGGAUAUACGAAACUAAACGUAAGGUGCCAAAGUGUUAAGUAUGUGAGGGAUUGGUAUUCUCAAGUUUAGUGGAACAUGUGUAGCUAAAUGCUUAAGUACCGCAGGCCCCAAUUUCUAGAAACUUCAUAAGCUUAGCAUGCUUAAGUAGCUUAUUUCAAUUAGCCAAAAUACAUACUUAAAAUAGAUUUUUUAGCAAUGAAAAGUGGUAAACUGUGAUUAUUAUUUAGAUUACUCAUAUCUAAAGCAUAAAGACUCUUAAAGACUAUUACGCAUAUUAUUGAAAAACAAAAAUAGUGAGCUUAGCAUAAUACUGCUAAAACGAACUUACGAAGUUUCGAGAAAUUGGGGCCAGAUAAUUAUCGUCUCAGACAUUUGUCGUUCCGCUUAUCAAUUACAGUACAAUAUAUAAGGAAAAGUUAGUAACAAUUUUGGUUGUAUCUUUGUUUGUAUGUGUUUUUUAAAGAAAAUCAAAUUUGUAGUGGGAAUACAAUAAUGGUGACCAUUUGUCUAACAUAAUUAUGUUUUUAUAAGGGAAAGAAGAAAAACCGGAAGGAACGUUUUCUGAAAUAAACUUCCUUACCUUUAUACUAAGAUAUAUAAAACAUAUAGGGGUAAUAGUGAUAGGACGCUUAUGCUGACGUUCUGUAAUAAGCUGAGAUCGGUUUUUAAGCACGUAUCCGUCGAUAACGCGUAGUGUUCGAGACGGAUGCAUGUUUAUACACCGGACGAGACACAAUAAAGGUCUUCAGAAAAGCGUGCUAUCGUAGAAUUCCUUUUAUCAUAUGUCUCCGUUGUUCAAUCCCUUAUUAUAACACACUGUUCAUAUUUAUAUCCAAUGAAACCGCACUAACUCUUAACACGAUUUUUCAUGGAGUUAAUCGUCCGGGGAUGACGUCAGAAAUCAGUCGCAUUAUUGAUUUAGUGCAUUUUCGUAAAUAUUUUUAACACAAAUCAUCAGAUGAAUUGUUCGGGAAAGUCUCAUAAUGAAUUACAGUACAUUACUGAAAAGCUGUUAUUGAUUCAUUAGUUAAUAUCCUUAUCACCUUAAUAAACAUCAGAGAGUUGAACCCAGCUAUCAACACACGCUACUAGAAGAAUACGGGAUCAGGAAAGGAAAGUAGCAUCAUAGGGAUUUUUCAAUAGGACGUGUUGUGUUUCCACUGAUAGAUAUGGAAAUCUAAGUUUAAAAGAACAUAAAAAGUACUACAUGAUUUUCGGUGAUUAAUAGAGAUUGAUCAGUAAAAUAAAUAGGACGGUACAAACUGUGAACAUAUCAAUAUUAGCCCGCUUUUAAAUCCAAACUAAACGCGCACAGGGUUUGGACAAUUUCUACAACGUUAUUUCGGAAAUGACGUUGCAUUUGCGUCCAAUUUAGCGCGCUUUUCUGCAAAAACACAAAUUACAUUCAUUUAAUAUCAUUUCUAGGCCUAAAAAAGAAGAAAAAUGUUUGUAUAAGUUUACAAUCGCAGUUAUUAUUUCCGUGUGAAAUCAAAAGAUAAGCUUACACUCGUUACUACGCCACUCAUGCAGUAAAGGUUUUUGAGCUGAAUUGGUUUUAAGUUUUUACAUUCUUCUAAUGAAACAAACCAUUAUGAUCUAUAAAGUAAUAUUUAAAAAACUGGUAUUUAAUGCCUAUUUUUUCAGCAAUCGUUUAUUUAUUAAAUUUUGUCUUCCUAUAUCAGGCAGGUUAUGAAUAUUUAUGAGAAUCUUUAAAAAUUGCCCUUCUUUGUUCUCCAAUGAAAGCGUUAAAGUCAAUUUCAAAUUGAAAACAUAUUUCUCAUAAAAUGCCCAGACGCGUUGAUAAAAAAAAAAUAGUCAGUCAUUUUUCCUGUAUGCAGUCAACAUAAUCUAAACUCAAUAACGGUCGCAUGGUCAACAGUAAAUUUCCUAUCAUUCAUAUUUUUAAUUUAAUAGAUCAAGUCACAGCGCCGGCUUCGCUCGCUUGUGAAAUAUUCCUUAAAAUUCAAAAUGUGAACGAUAACUAAUACAUAACCCAGAUGACGGCAGUGUAUUUGAUGAUUGAUCAAGUUUUAACUAUUGGAUUUUAUGCAGAAUUAUACAGUGAAAUUGCUAAGAGCAAAUAUUAUAAUGUCUUUCAGAGCUAUAUAAGUAAAUAGACACGACAUCUUGUUCAUUGUAAUAUAAAAUUGUGUAUAUACUUAGAAGUAAGCCAUUGUAGUUGAUAAAUAGUAUGUGGUAAAUUUCUAACCAAAC